AUGCAAUCCCUGGCUCACGUGAUUCGACGGUUACUCAGCCCCGGCUUCCGAUGGCCCGUCCGCCGCGCCGCUGAUAUGCUUCGUGCCUGGCGCCCUUCACCUCUCCUCUUCUUUGUCCUGGACCGCACCUGCAACCCGACCUGCCCACCGCCAGAGUCGCUCUCCACUGCCGAACGCCGUCGUCGCUGUCCCCGCCGCCGUCGCCGCCGCCGUUGGAAGGACGCCGGACUCCUAUUCUGCGGCGACUCACGCUGCGCCAACCGUCGCAUAACGGCUACGUCGCCUGGCAGCACCACCGAAGCCUUGACAACCGGACCCAUAGCAGCGUCUACUUCUGCACGAAUCCUCCCAGCCAACCGUCAGCUGCGAGUCGACUUGAAGCCCAGCAUGGCUCUCUCUCCGGGUGAGGUGCGUCCUAUGGAGCAUCAUGUCAAGCAGAACGAGGAGUAUGUGGACAAUUUCAACAUCCACAUGAUCUGCCCCGACUGCAAAGAGAGCCCUCCGAACCUCAUUGAGGAGUUCUCCAGUGGCGACACUGUCUGUGGUUCUUGCGGUCUUGUGCUGUCUGCCCGUGUUGUGGAUACUCGCUCUGAGUGGCGAACGUUCUCGAACGACGAUCAGAAUGGCGACGAUCCUUCGCGUGUCGGUGACGCUGCCAACCCGCUCUUGAACGGCUCACAGCUGGCGACCAACAUUUCCUAUACGGACGGUGCGAAGAGCCGCGAGCUCAAUCGUGCUCAGAACAAGUCCGGCACCGACAAGAGCAACAAGGUGCUCAUGCAGGCGUACAAACUGAUCGGUCAGUGGUGCGAUCGUUGGCUUCUGCCUCACACAGUCAGCGACACGGCCAAGCACAUGUACAAAAUGACGGAUGACUCGAAGCUGUUCAAGGGCAAGGCGCUUGACACCAUCGUUGCCGGUUGUUUGUUCUUGGCUUGCCGGCAAGCUGGGCAGGGCCGUUCCUUUCGUGAGCUGCACGAACUGACGGGCGUUUCGAAGAAGGAAAUUGGCCGCAUUUUCAAGCUACUGGACACCUUCUUCAAUAAGCAGAACAAGGCGGGCACGGUUGUCACCACCGGUGGAAUGGUCAUGGCAGCCGACGCAUACAAAUCGAAGGAAGCUACCUCGCCUCCGGAGUUGUGUGCACGCUAUUGCAACGCUCUAGGGCUAGACAACCGUGUGCAGAUGCUAGCUCAGCGUCUCGCGGAAGCCAUGGUGAAGCAUGGCUGUUUGGCUGGUCGCUCGCCCCUUUCUGCAUGUGCGGCCUGCAUCUACAUGAUCAGCUAUUUAGUCGAUCAGCCUUUGACGGCAAAGGAGAUUGCACCUGUUGCUGGUGUGAGCGACGGCACCAUCCGGACGGCGUACAAGCUCCUCUAUCAGGACAAGGACAAACUUCUUGAUCCUGAGUGGGUUAAGGAAAAGGGCCUCAAGAUCGAGAAGCUGCCAUCCACCUAA